AUGAUUGGUGUCCUGGAGACAGAUGCCGUAGCCCCUCGGGUGCUGUUUGCCGUGUGCGGCGUGCUCAGCUGCUGCUACUGCUGCUGCUGCCUGUGCUGCUGCUUCAACUGCUGCUGCGGCCGCUGCAAGCCGCGGGCGCCCGCCGGCCCCGACCCCGGCGUCUACGUGUCCCCCGAGGACCUGGAGGCGCAGCUGCAGUGCGACGAGCGGGAGGCCGCAGACUCGCCCAUCGUCGUACAGCCGGCGUCCGCCACAGAGACCACCCAGCUCACGGCCGACUCCCACCCCAGCUACCACACCGACGGGUUCAACUAAGUCCAGGAGCAGCUGCGACGGAGGACAGCUCGGCCCCCGGCCACUUCACCCUUAGAACCACGGAGCGUAGUCCCAGAGAUGGGGAGGGGGGCAGCUGCCGGCCCACCGGGGCCCUUCCCACCUCUGCGCCCGCCCGCCCGUCGCCCCCACACGUGAAGUGCGUCGCAUGCAGUAUUUAAAGCAGUUAGCUACGGUCUUCUUCUUCUUCUUCUUCUGUUUCCUCCUUUUUUAAUAGCAUGUAUGGGGUUCUGUUCCAUGUCUGUGUUGUGGACGUGCGGCGGCGUGACCGCGUUAACCGGACGGCGGAGCCUCCUGGGGCUUUCCACUCGCCGCUCCGACCUCGGCUGCGUGGUGCCUCCCGGCGGGGCGGGCUGCGCGGGAGUGGGUGUGUCAGCCCCCCCGAGUCUCAGCCCCCCCCCUCGAGUCUCAGCACACUCCUUUCCCGUGUGUCGGUGGGGGCCGGAGGCAGGUGCUGCCCGGCGGGAGCUGGGGGGUCUGACGCCACCCCGUGCUCUCCAGCUGUGCGCACACAGGCAGAGCCUCUGGACGCAGUGUCGGGAAGGAGCUGCUGCGCCCUCCCUUUGCCCGGUCCCCUCGGCGUUUCCGUGCUGUUGGUUUGUGCGGGUCUGUUUGCCGUGGUUGCUUGGCCUUGUGGCCGGGUUUUUCCCAUGGGUAGGUUUGUUGUGGAAAGUGUGGGAGGCUCUACUGACCCCAAGACCACGUUUUCUACCUGGGUGCAGCCUCGGUCUCCAUGUCACAUGGUCCUGUGAGCAUGCUCCCUCGCCAGGCUGUGGGAGGUGGUUCUUCCACGCUCCCACACGUCCCCAGGCCACGAGCUGGAUUGAUGGGGCCACAUUCCUCCACCUCCUCUCCCCUUCGGCCACCCUCCACAUUCCUUCAGGCCCCCCUGGCCGCCUGGUGGUCCUUUCUGGACCUCUAAGCACCACAAAUGGUAGCAGUGGCUCAGUGUGCUGUUGUUAGAGGGGCUGACCGUCCAGGUUGCUGGUGGAGCGUGGCUGAGCAGCCCUGGGAAGCACACGUGGGGAGCACAGCCCUCUUCUCUGUGCUGUCCAGGGCUCCUACCCACCCCACUGUCCAUCAUCGCCUGUGCCCUUCAGUCACCGUUGAUGGUUCAGGCAGAGCUAGAGACGCCAGGUUCCUGGAGGAAGGAUCAGCUGGACCAAAGGCACAGCCUGGUGCCCUUGGGUUGUGAGCCUGCAGCCUGACCGUGGAGCCCCCCACUCCCCGUUGUCUUGAGCAGCACCUUCUGUGAACUGUUGGAAGUCAGUCUUUCUUGUCUGUGUCCCAGAACUUGUGGGUGGUGCCCCUGCUGCAGGAGACAAGGAAACGGGUUAUGAUGUGCCCAUGCUGGCCCAGAGUUCACAGUGGCCCCCACACCCCCAGCAGCCCUGGAUGUGCUGUGGCUCCCUGUUGGACCUGCACAGGUCACCGGAGACCCAAGUGGUUUCCGCAGAGGGCAGCAGCGUUCCGCUGCUGAAUGUCUCCCGUGUGUCCAGUAGGUGAAGAACAAGGACGACGAUGUCGGCUGACGCACCAGAGCAUGUUCCUGAUGCCCACGGUUUCCACCACCGCCUGCCCCCCACCCCGCGCACCUGCUGGGCCUCGGCCCUUGUCUGCCCACUCACAGCUGUGCCGAGAGCAGGUUCUUGUUGGCCGGAAGGGGCCGGAGGGGCAGCAGUGUCCGUGCAGAACGUGGACAGGCUCUGAGCGCAGUGCUGACUGAGGCCUGCUCUGGCCGGGCUGGUGCAGUCGCAGCCGCUCCCAGGUCCUUGGGCAGGUGUUUGGUCCCCCCCCCCCUUUUUUGGGGGGGGGGGUUUGGUUUUGGUUCAUUAAAAUGAUCAUGAAGACAUUCAGUGAGAGGAAAAAUACACACUGUGAUCUUAAAUUAGAAAUAAUUUGCUAAAAUCAGACAUCAUGAAAGGUUAAGGAAUCCAUUGACACCCUCCCCCCCUUCCCCCCGGCACAAGGGAGGAGGUAAGACCACAGGGCCAGUCCCAACACAGCAACAAGAACGCAGCCUUUGUGAUGUUUCUGAAAAUUACUUUCUGAGCUGUUUUUCGCUGGAAUGGUCAAGAACCAAGUUCAAAGCUGGGACUUCAGGUAGCAAGCCUCCCCCCUGUGGGGACCACUGCAACUCCGUGGUCAGGAAACCUCAAGGCCCACCACAUGUGUCCGAGCGAGUCCUUGACGGCAUCUUCCACUUGACAGAACGUGAAGCUCCACUGGGGACCAGGGUGCUGGGAGAGGGGCAGGUCUGGAAGGUUGUUGAACCCAGGCUCCUGUAGAAUUUGUAAAAACUAAAUAAAUCAUGACAGUGAUGAUAACAA